GACAGGCAGACUGGGAUCAAGAUAUGGACGGCGCUCCUCACUGUCUUCGACAACGACCACGACCACGACCACAACGCCGUCCACGACAUCGACCGCUAUGGAGUCUCUCAACCUCAACAUGUUGGCAACUUCAUUGCCUAACUCCAACCUCGCCAAUGCGGAGGCCGAUUUAUCAAACAACUUCAAAGCUGCCGCCCUCGCCCUAACCACUCUUUACAAGUCCUCACGCAAAGCAUCUAAACGAGCGUACAAUGCCGGUUACUCUGCAGCCUGUCGCGAUUUGCUCCUCAUGAUUCAGCAGGGCGUCUCUGCUGGGGAGCCAAGCGAAGCUGGAGGCAUGUCUAUUGGGCGAAUAAUGGAUUAUGUCGAGGCUAGAUUAGAGGCCAUUCAGUCUCAGGAGGAGGAGGAAGAUGAGGACGAGGAGCGGGAAAAGGAGAGGGGAAGGUCUGCACCCGUAGUGGCUCCAUCAAGGACUGCUGCAACGUCAACCACACCAAAGUCACCAAUCGCACCAUCUACCAUCUCAGGACGACAGAAAGAUCAGGUUCUUUCCAUGCCCUUGACCCCUCAUACACCAUCGUCGUUGACGAACGCACAUUCCCCGUUGUCACCCUCGCCAGUAUCUUUUCGACCAACGUCGGCUCCAAUACAGCCAACUAAUCACACGUAUCGUGCGAUGAAGUCCAAACUUUCAGCUGUCACCACCGCCAAGGAUACCUCGAUAUUCUCGCCUUUACCUUCCACUUCAUUCAACACUGAUGCUGCCAGAACACUCUCUUCCGGGGAGACUGCGUUUACCUCACCUGUUUCCAUUCUUCCGCCUAUGUCCGCGUCUCCGACAGACACAGCGUUCUCUGACAUCUCGACCGGAAUGAAACGCCGACACAACGCUAUGAUGCUGGACUCAGGCCCUGGAGUUCCUUCACUCAAUGUGAGCGCGGCAAGACGGAGAACACGGAGCACUCGUGGAGCUGUUCAAGAUCAGAAUCAGACACAGGGAACAGACGACAUGGACGUCGAAGAGGAGGGUCGGGAACGCAAACGAGUUGCUCGGCGGUGAUGAGGCGGGGCAUGACCCAAGCAUGCAUUAUACGUUUACUGCACAUUAUAUGGUCUUGAAUGGUCGUCAUUCUUUUUAUUAUUAGCUCACGCGCUUAACUAUUCGUUUUCAACAUGUACCUUUUACCCAUCAUCACAUACAUCCACGCGCAUUUCACCUCGUACAUACAUCCUCCCAUUUGUAGUACCUCCUCCACCUCAUCGAUACCCGACGCCUCAUUCUUACCUAGAACUUUGCGAUGACUCUCUUAUCGUAGUAGUAGUAAGUAGCAUGUUCCGAAUUGUAUCUUUACCUCUUCAACUUUAUCUUGAAAUUCCUGUAAUCUGACACUUGCAAGACGAAUCUUCUGGCCAUAAAGCUUUUGUGCACGA